AUGAGCACGCAGGUCGUCGACGUGAGCGAGUUCGUGCCGCUGCGCACGCUGGGGCAGGGCAGCUUCGGCGCCGUCCUCCUGGUGCGCAAGCGCAGCGCGCCGAACGCGGGCCGGGCCUUCGCCAUGAAGAUCAUGGACAAGGAGAAGAUGAUCCGGCGGAACAUCACGGAGAGCGCGCGCGUCGAGAAGGAGAUUUUACGGUCCGCGCGGCAUCCGUGCCUCGCGCGGCUCCGCUACGCGUUCCAGUCGCCCGCGCGGCUGUUCCUGGUCAUGGACUACUACCAGGGCGGGUCCCUCGAGGACCGCCUGCGCGCGGAGCCGGGCCGCGCGAUCGCCGCGGCCGGCGCGACGUUCGCCGCCGGCGAGCUCGCGCUCGGCCUCGCGCACCUGCACCAGCUCGGGGUCAUCCACCGCGACCUGAAGCCGGCGAACGUGCUGCUCGACCUCGGCGGCCACUGCGCCAUCGCCGACUACGGCCUCGCCUUUGGUCGGGACGUCCCAAACCAGUGGUUGAUUUCCACACAGGUCGGCACGCUGAGCUACAUGGCGCCGGAGUUCCUGCGCAAGGACGCGACGACCUACGACGAGCGCGUCGACUGGUGGGCCCUGGGUUGCAUCGUCUUCGAGAUGCGCUGCGGCCACACGCCCUUC